GCCGGCAGCCGGCGGGGAUGGAGGUGCUGUGUGCGGCGGGGGGGCUCCUGCUGGCCCUGUCCCUCCUGACCUUCGUCCUGUACUGCUGCUACGUGCAGUACAUCCACGCUAAGUACGACUACAUCCCCGGCGCCCCGCGGGAGAGCUUUUUAUUUGGACACCUGCCAAUCAUAUGGAGAAUGGUGAGGAAUCGGGAGUUAACGCCAGAUCUCUUCCUGCAGUGGGCAGAGAAAUAUGGACCUGUUGUACGAGUGAAUGCCUUUCACAGAAUCUCAGUAUUGGUUGUGAGUCCAGAAGGAGUGAAGGAGUUCUUGAUGUCACCACAGCACCCAAAGGAUCCAAUGGUGUAUGGUACUCUCUUCAGCCUAUUUGGUGAGAGGUUUCUAGGGAAUGGCUUGGUAACUGUUUGCAACCAUGAGCAUUGGCGCAAGCAGCGGAGGAUAAUGGAUUCAGCUUUCAGCCGAAGCUACCUGAUUGGUCUGAUGGAAACUUUUAAUGAAAAAGCAGAGGAGCUGGUGGAGAAGCUAGAGGAAAAGGCAGAUGGAAAAACAGAGUUUAGCAUGCUGUCGAUGAUGAGCCGGGUGACCAUGGAUAUCAUUGGAAAGGUAGCCUUUGGCUUGGAAUUAAAUGCACUGAGUGAUGACCAGACAGCUUUACCCAGUGCUGUGACUAAGAUUAUGGAGGGACUGAACAAGGCACGCGUCCCCUUCAUAAGGUUCAUGCCAGGGCAUCAGAAGCUGGUAAAGGAGGCCAGGGAGAGUGUGAGGCUGUUGAGACGUGUGGGGAAGGAGUGCAUUGACCUGAGGAGAGAAGCCAUCCAGAAUGGGAAAGAAGCCACAGUGGAUAUUCUUACACAGAUACUGAAAGGAGAUGCUCUGGAGGAAACUAGAGAUGAUGAAAACAUUCUGGAUAACUUUAUCACUUUCUUUGUUGCAGGUCAUGAAACAAGUGCCAAUCAGAUGGCAUUUACAGUAAUGGCACUGGGUCAGCAUCCUGAAAUACUGGAAAGGGCUCAGGCUGAAGUGGAUGAAGUUCUUGGUGCCAAGAAAGACGUUGACUAUGAGGAUCUUGGCAAGCUCACCUACUUAUCACAGGUUUUGAAGGAGUCGCUGCGGCUGUACCCGCCCGUCUCAGGGACGCUCCGCAGGCUGGAGAAGGAGCAGGUCAUCAAUGGCAUCAGAAUUCCUGCAAACACCACAGUCUUUCUCAACGCUUAUGUAAUGGGAAGGAUGGAAAAGUUUUUCAAGGAUCCACUUACUUUUGAUCCAGAUCGAUUCAGCAAAGAUGCACCUAAGCCGUAUUACUGCUAUUUUCCAUUCUCUCUGGGACCCCGAUCCUGCAUUGGGCAGGUGUUUGCACAGAUGGAGGUAAAAGUGGUGAUGGCAAAGCUGCUGCAGAGGUUUGAAAUCCAGCUGGUGCCAGGACAGAGUUUUAAACUCUUGGAGGCUGGAACCUUAAGGCCACUAGAUGGAGUAAUAUGUAAAUUAAAGCCAAGGAGCUCUGCAAGAGGCUGCCAAGCAUGACUGCUCGGGGAGGGGAGCAUGGCAUGCUACUGGUAGUGUGUCUUCUGAUUUUGAAGAUCUUGACACUAAUCAAAGGUUAGAUUUUGCAGACCCCUUUAGAGGAUUACUAGACCGAUAUUAUUUCUAACCUUCCUCAUCAUUUACUGAAGAAAGCCUUACGAGAGUUACUCUACUGAGCAUCUUCAAUCUGGAAGUGUAUGUGGAAUUUCCAAGUUUGCUCUUUUGCUGGGGGGCUAUUGGAUUCUGACCAGACUUGGAAAAGAACAUCUUCUCACUGGAGUAUCCCUAGAGAACCACACAAACCUACACUCCAGACCCAGCUCAUUGUUUCCACUAAGUUUAUAUAUAACAUAACAUGGCCUAAGGAAGCCCUUCUUUGGGGAGUUUCUUACACAAUGAAAUCAGAAAAGAGUAGAGCAUAAAUUUGGGCUGAAUUUAGGAAGAGAUGUUUGGAGAUAGUCUCUCAGUCAAAGCAAUUUUUCUAUCCCUGCUCCAAAUGUGAAUAACAAUUGAUAGGAACAAUCAGAAAAAAAAA